AUGGAUAUCUGCAAUCUGUCAUUCACUUUCCUCCUCCUGUCCACAACAGUCAUGUUGUAUUUUAGGGCUCUAUUCGCUCAUCCCAUCUACAUUACCAGCCCCCCUGCACCCGUGCAGGUUCCAGCUCCCUCGCCAACCUACACCCUUGCCUUCCUCGACGAGCCCGUCUUCAAACCACUGGCGUCUCACAUAGCGGAGCAUCCAUAUCCGUGGCGUGAUAAACGUCCAUUCCAGGAGACUAAUUAUGCGUUGCUUAUGGGUGCUGUUCAGUCUCUUCUCGAGGCUGAGAUUGAAGAGGAGGAGGGUGGUGUGGCUUUAAAUGAGAGCUAUGCGCAGCAGGUUGUCGUUGAGAGUAACUCAACUGAGACUUUUCUUCUUUGGGAUGUUCCUAUGGGAAUUGCCAACGAGAAUUUGGGAAAUAUACGUCAAGCUAAUAAUGUGUUAAUGAAACCUCGCUUAUCGGACGGGAAGCGCCUUCAACUUCCCAUCCGGAGAAAUGGAAUAACCCAUCAAAUACACGCUAAGCCUAUCAUUGUACUGAGUAUUUGCAAGCUUGGUUUUGAGACAGAGUCAGACUCAUACAAUACCAAACAGCUAGAUUCAAACACGUGCAUCGUGACGGAUGAUGCUAAGCCAAAAGGGGACUAUGGUCGUAUAGGAUUCCACUACAAUUCGCUGGAUAAUGUUUACGAACAAGAAAGCGAUCCAACCAGCAUGUGA